AUGCCCAUUUCGAAGGAUAAGAACGAGACGAGAGAGCUUUAUUUUUGGUUCUUUCCCACGACGGGUACGGUUGAUGACGAGUUGGUUAUCUGGUUGAAUGGUGGUCCCGGGUGCAGUAAUCUCGAAGGAUUCCUGCAGGAACACGGACCUUUCUCCUGGAGAUAUGGAACCUACAAACCAGCCCGUAAUAGGUAUUCAUGGAACAACCUCACAAACAUGAUUUGGGUCGAGCAACCUGUAGGAACCGGCUUCUCCCAAGGUGUUCCCGAUGCAACCUCAGAAGAAGACGCUGCAGAGAAAUUCCUCGGCUUUCUCGAGAACUUUAUCAAAACCUUUGGCUUUGAGGAUAAGAAGAUCUACGUAACCGGGGAGUCCUACGCAGGAUACUACGUUCCAUACAUUGUGGACGCAAUGUACAGCAGGAACAACAAAACGCUCUUUGACCCCCGAGGCCUCAUAAUCUACAGCCCCACCCUAAGUGAAUGGGUGAUCCACGAGCAGAUCCCUGCGGUCCAGUUUGUGGACUAUUGGGCCCACCUGCUUGCCCUAAACAAAACUACUAUGGACCACCUUCAUGCCACGGCCGAUAAGUGCGGGUACACCAGCUAUCUAAAAGAGAACCUGCUCAACACAUCCACGGAAUGUGACGUCUGGAGCGCUAUUUUCGACGCCGCCCUCUUGGUAAACCCUUGCUUUAACAUUUUCCACAUCACCGCAACCUGCCCUAUCCUCUGGGACGUCCUCGGAUACCCAGGAUCCUUCGUCUACCUCCCCGAGGGCGCAGAGAUAUACUUCAACCGCACAGAUGUGCAGAACGCUAUCAAUGCCCCACAUGUGAAAUGGCAGGAGUGCUCCGAGGGGGUGUUCCCCAAUGGAGACCCCAGCGAUCCCCCCAACUUCUCAGUUCUACCGCGUAUCAUUGACAAGAAUGAGAGGACGAUUAUAGCCCACGGGCUCUUGGACUUCAGAUUCACUGUGAAUGGGAGCUUGUUGGCGAUUCAGAAUAUGACCUGGGGCGGGAAGCGGGGAUUUCAGACCAAACCGGUGGAACCGUUUAUCGUGCCGUAUGACAGCCAAGGAACCAUGGGAGUCCAGCACACUGAGAGGAAGCUGACGUGGGUGGAAAUUGAAUCGUGCGGCCACAUGGCCCCACAAUUCCAGCCUGGCGCCGCUUACAGGCAGUUGGAGUAUCUCCUUGGUAGAAUAGAUAAGCUCUAA